AUGGAGGACUCCGCUGGCAGUAAUCCCCAAUCUCCCGGUUUCACAGACAAGUUAAAGUCGUGGCUCUCGUGGUCUUGGACAUACGUGUGCUUUGUGUGGUUUGGCAUGGUGCUCAUUAUGAUUUACGUGCUGUGGAGCCCGCUCAAACUGCAGGAGAGCCUCACUUCGGCGUCGCUGUUUUUGAAUACACUGACACCCAAGUUCUACGUUGCGCUCACGGGGACUUCUUCACUCAUCUCUGGACUCAUUCUUAUAUUUGAGUGGUGGUACUUUCGGAAGUACGGCACAUCCUUCAUCGAGCAGGUCUCUGUCAGCCAUCUGCGCCCCCUCCUCGGUGGAGUGGAGAACAGCUCCUCCGCUGGCCUCUUCUCGUCCGUCAAUGGAGACGCAGAGCCGAGGCCUAGUGUGUCAGAGUGCAAAGUCUGGAGGAAUCCUUUAAACCUGUUCCGAGGAGCAGAAUACAACAGGUACACGUGGGUGACGGGAAAAGAACCGCUGACGUACUACGAUAUGAACUUGUCAGCUCAAGACCAUCAGACCUUUUUCACAGGAGACACCCAGCAGUUAAGACCUGAGGACUCAGUGAUGCAGAAGGCCUGGAGGGAAAGAAAUCCUCAAGCCAGGAUUAGAGCAGCUUAUCAGGCCAUAGAGUUAAACCAUGAAUGUGCCGCAGCCUACGUGCUUCUUGCUGAGGAAGAAGCUACCACAAUCACUGAAGCAGAGCGCCUAUUUAAGAAAGCUUUGAGCAUCGCAGGCAAAGAUAUAAACCUGCUGGUUUACAUCAAGCGUAGACUAGCGAUGUGUGCGAGGAAGCUUGGACGCAUUAAAGAAGCUGUGAAAAUGAUGAGAGACUUAAUGAAGGAGUUCCCAUUGUUAGGGAUGUUAAAUAUACACGAAAACCUCCUUGAGGCGCUCUUAGAGCUGCAGGCAUACGCCGAUGUCCAGGCUGUCCUCGCCAAAUAUGACGGUACGAACGCACCGCACCCCCAACAUCCUUUAUCUCUUAGGUCUUACUUCGUCUCUGCUUCCACCAUAGAUAUAAGCCUCCCAAAAUCAGCCACUAUAUGCUACACGUCUGCAUUGCUGAAAGCGCGGGCCGUGUCUGAUAAGUUCUCUCCAGAAGCAGCAUCGCGGCGGGGGCUCAGCACUGCAGAGAUGAACGCCGUGGAGGCCAUUCAUAGAGCUGUGGAGUUUAAUCCUCACGUACCCAAGUACUUAUUAGAGAUGAAGAGCCUCAUCCUGCCACCAGAGCACAUCCUGAAGAGGGGUGACAGUGAAGCGGUGGCUUACGCUUUCUUCCAUCUGCAGCACUGGAAGAGGGCUGAAGGUGCCUUAAACCUACUCCACUGCACAUGGGAGGGAACCUUUCGAAUAAUUCCUUACCCACUGGAGAAGGGUCACCUGUUCUACCCUUACCCAGGAUGCACAGAAACGGCAGAUCGGGAGCUGUUACCAACAUUCCACGAGGUGUCGGUGUACCCAAAGAAAGAGCUACCUUUCUUUAUCCUCUUCACAGCGGGCCUUUGCUCUUUUACCGCCAUGCUGGCCAUGCUCACACAUCAGUUCCCGGAGCUAAUGGGUGUCUUCGCCAAAGCAUUCUUCAGCACACUCUUCGCGCCACUGGGCUUCUUCGCAGACAAGAUGGAAAGCUUCAUGCCGUCUAGUUUUUGGCACCAACUGACUCGGAUCUGA